AUGAUUUCCAUGCAGCGAUCCCUCUCCUCGCCUGUCCGCAUCCGGUCCUCGCCGCCUCUGUCGCCGUCGGAUGCGCAGCUUCCCCCAAGACCAGCGACCCCUACUCCCGAGAGUCGACGCCCGGCCACAUCGCGACAGCCCCGCCGACUGCGCUCGAGGAGCCCUAGUCCGACACGCCUGCUACCAGAACCCGUGGUCCCUGCUGGAGUUUCGCUCCCCAUCCGCCGGAGCGAAGAGAGAGAACGUCACGGCCAUGGAGCAGCCGACCACCACAGGGGCGCAAGUGCGCAGAAGAGGCCGAUUAUAGCCCAAAAGUCGACCCCGGCUGCUCUCGCCAGCAAGGACCGCCCGCCCUCACCACUUCAACCGGAGCGACCAAGCCUGGUACGCAAAAGCGAGUCCACGCCGAGGAACUUCCCCAGGCCAUUAUUGGGAGACUCAGCCAUGUACUCAAACCCGCAGGUGAACUUUGAGUCCGAGGGAACCACGUUGGAGGAGCUUGCGCAUCUGGUCCGCCUGUCCAAGUACCAAGAGCGCAAGCGCGCCAUCACCCGGAUACGACUACAGAGGAGCUUGGUUUCAACCGCGCUCUCCGCGCGGUUGACCCGUUGUGGUGAGAUAACACAGAGGAGCCUUGCAGAAAGCUUCCGAGCCGAGGACAAAAAGGCCUUCUCGAACCUGUUCAGCGCAAUCCACGAUGUCAGGAACAGCUGUGACGCUACCCGCCGCUAUGCCCUCUUGGAGCCUGAGAUGGAGUCCCUCCAGUCCCCUGGACUGAUCUCGUCGGAGAGCCUGGAUACGCCGACGAGCGGUGUUGGAAGCAGCCAUGGUGCCAGCUCCGUGGCGCCUUUUCUCAACGACAUCUCGGCUUCUGCGAGGGAGGCGUUCCUCAGCUUUUUGACACAACUACGCACGAACCCAGACUACUUGGCCACCAGACUCUCUUCUUUGAACAGCGCGGAGCUCCAGGCCCUCACUUCGUUCCACCAGCGGCAGGAGCCGAUUGAAUCGGUACUACCUUACUAUAAUCGCCCCAGUGGGCGAGGCCACCCCGGCAGCACCAGCAGGAAUUCCGGCCAGACGCAAAACGCAGUCGAGCGACUUCUGUCUUUCCAGCGACACGAUCCCCUUUCCGCCCUAAUUUACACCUGCUUUGCGAACUCCGCUGGACCAGACAGCGCCGAGGACAAGCGAAGGACUGAGAUCUGGGCUACAGCUUGUGCCCGUCUUAUCACUGAAGCUAAGUCAAACUCUGCUAAUGAAAACAUCCUCUAUUCUGUCCUUGAUGUCUGGUCCUCCACGCGAGAUUGGUCCGGACGGUCCAAUAUGGAGUGGUACCUCAUGAAAAUCCUGGAGGACGGCGCUUUCUUGCUCGACCGAGCUGAGGACCAGAAUGGCACCCGUUUCAAUAUAUCUGAAUGGACCCACAAGGACAACAUUGCUGCGGACGAAUUCUACGACCGGGCGAUCAACGACUUGUUCGAGAUAAUCGACGAUGAAGACGCCACGGGAAUUCCAGAGGGUGUGAUCGAGCUUGCGAACGAGAUUUUGAAGCGUCUUGACACCAAACUUGUUGACAGCGUUAGGAAAUGGUUUGUGUCCAAAUGGCUCUUCUCCCGCUGGCUCAUCGACGUGGUUGUUCACCCCGAAAGCUAUGGUAUGAUGUCUGAGUACCAUAUCACCGAGUAUGGCCGACAGAAAAUCCUCAAGCAGGUUGCCCAGCGUGCCCAGGCAUUGGUCAUGGAUAUGACUUGGACGAGUGCUAAGAAACCGGUCUCAACGCCGGUGCAGGUGAAGACUCACAUUGAGAAUAUCAUAGGGCGCUUCAAACCGUCUAGGAGCCAAAGGAUCGGACGCCUCCUACCGGCCCGGUCUAUCACCUCCCUGAGAGAGACGGCUGAGGUUCAUCCUUAUCUGGUUGUCAGCCCGGCUGACAUUCUAACGCUUGUGAAUGCCCUCUUUCCUGAACGGAGACCUCAGUCUGCGCAGUCCAGUAGCAUCCGCUCGGGCGCGCCCUCCCUCUCAGGCUUCUCGGCAAUUUCUCAGCCAAUCUCUAUCGGAACCUCACGCAGUAAUUUUGAUACUGCCUCGGUAGCCAGUUUUAGUGCCUCAUCCGUCCUCAGUGACGCGACAACAUCGAAGGAACCGUUGCUGGAUGAUCAGAUGGCCGGUACUCCCCAGCGUUACUCCCCGCCCGUCUCCGACAGCCCAAAUCAGAAGAGACUGAGUAACUACGAGGAUGAUGGGUAUCGCCUCCGGCUGGCCAUGCAUGAAAUGGUUCAGAUCCUUGGCCAUGAUAUCGUCGGUGGUUCAUGCCAUCCAUGUGCCGAACGGUGGGCCGUGCUCUUCAUUUCGGCUGACGGGAAAGGCCUUUCUCUGCAAAUGACCUAUGACCCAGACGACGAUCUCGAGGAAGAGAACUCUUCGACUACGAGUGAUACCGAGGAUGACGAUCUAGAUGAACGGCCGGAACUGGACAAGGACUACCACCAACUAAGAGAUUCCAUCUUAAAGCUGGUCGAGGACUUCGAGAUACCGCGAGGCCUUGGGGAUGAUGGCGCGAAAACGACUCUCAGUAACCGUGCUACAGGCUUGAAGAAAUACAAGUCGAAAAACAAGGUCAUCACGACGGAAUCUUCGAUAGGUAGUCGAAACCCCUAUCGGAAAUUUGAGCCUGAGAAAAAGGACCAGAGCCAGUCUCCGGAAUCUCCUGCAAGUCAAUUGCAUAGAGUAGAAGUUAUUGCACAGGAGCCCGACCCACAACCAGUACUGAUCACUAUGCUCUCAGCUGCCUCGUCGCAGUCCAGGGUCCACUCGGAUUUUGUUUCCGCGCACCUCUACUGGAGGACCUUGCAGCAGUUGAACUCUCUCGCAUCGCAAUCUUUGCGGAAGAAUGGAUUUGCGACGCUUCUCAAUAUCUUUUCACGAGGUCCCAGGGACUCGAUCCGUCGGUCUGCGGCUGCAAUUGAGGAGUACGACGCCUGGCUUGUUUGGCUCAAGCAAAGCCAAGAGCGUCACGAGGGUCUCAUAGAGUCGAUGAUGAAGCGCCUCAGGAUCCUUCGUGACAAGAUGUGGUACGUUACUGAUGUGCAUAACUCUGCUCCCUACGAGCAUACGCGGAGCAUCUGUAGCGCCCUGAAGAUUAUGGGCGUUCCUAGGAGAUGGGGCACGUUCCAACGCACGCGGGCUCAAUUGUCUCGAGGCCCAGCUGCGAACUAUCUGUACAAGAACGAAUCACAGAUGCUCGACCUACUUGCUGCAACGGAAGAGCAAGGUGGCCCGAACAAGCUCAGUGAUGAUCAGGCAGAGAAGACUAGCAAAUGGUUGCAGCAAAUGCACAUCGAAAACAUUUGCCAGGGCGAAGAGCGGAUACACCGUUUCUGCUGCGAGCUUGACAGCUGUGUGAGCAAACUCGUCGGCGAGAACAUUGUCGAUGGCCCUGUGCUCUGGUCGAGCGAGUUGUAUCUGCGGGACCGAAAAGCCCUUGAGGGGACUAGGGCUGGGAAAGAUCGAGACAGUUUUUGGGGAGGCGAUGACGCCGCCAGCGUCAUGAGUGACCCAGAACGUCGAUAUACGUCUUCAUCAGGCCGACCCAACUCCAUCGCCCGAGACCUCAGAUCGAUGACUACCCACAACGUCAGUCAAAUAUCUUUUGAUUCGAGGUACAGCUUCUCGAGGGCUAGCACUGCCAUGUCCGAUAUCCUCGAUUCCCAGGACUACUUUGGUGCGGCAUCCCCUCUACACGCAAUCGAUUCGAGCUCUACAUUCUGGUCUCCGUUCCAAUCCACGAUGCCUUCUACAAGCUCAGUCAUCUCACGAGCUCACUCACCAACUACGAGCAUAUCGAAUCUCUCUAGCUCCUUCUCCCACCCAUAUGGCCGACCUCUUCCUUCCCAUCAGUCUGGGGGCCGGCCGACCACAUCUGCUUCUUCUAAUGAAACUGUACAUAUGCAACGUCAAUCAGAGGAGAAGCAGCGCUUCCUCGACGAGCUCCGUCAAACCUUGACCAGCCUACUCCUGUCUGACCUUGGAAACUACGUAUUUUCGGUAGGCUCGGAGACCGAUGCGUGGUUCGAAAACUUUGGCCAAGGAUGCAUCGAACGCCACGAUGCGCAGGAGCGUCGCAAUCGUCGACCAAGCGUCAAGAAGGACCGAACAAGCAAGAACACUCUCAAGCAGCGCGUCAUUGAAAAGAAGAAGAGCUUCGGUAACCUUCGCGUUGCUGGUGAGAACGCUGCCGGCGAAUCAACCUCGGAGCAAUCAGAAACCCCGACUGUUCUGAGCAAUGAUAGCUCUACUUCUGGCAAGACCAUCUCCGGACACAGCCGGCGCUCAAGCAAAGAAAAAAUGCCGGACUUUCCUUACAAGAAAGCGUACCAGCGCUUACUGAAGAUGUUCUGCGUCCACCCUAAUCCCCAUACCAAGUUGAACGCUCUUGUCGAGCUGAAACAUCUAAUCGAAGCCUCAUUGACCACGACUAGCCGCCGGUCCAAGUGGACGCUACGCAAUCAUUUCGAGGCUCACGAGGACGACCUUGCCGGUGUUGGAAACGCGAGAAUACUUGAGCAAACCAUGGACAAUGUCCGAGAGCGUCGGUCGCAAGCGUUGCAUUCGCCCACUCUGUCACCCGCCCAAACACGGUCAGCCACCAACGCAGAAACGCGAUCGAUUAUGUCUGUCAGCCCUGUCAACACGGAUGCUGUAGCUGCCGCCCUUCAGGCUCUCUUCAAGGACGCCGGCCUUCGGCCCAAGACACUGUUCCGUGAUCUACAAUUUAUUGCAGCCUUCAUCCCAGAGUCCACGCUUGACAGGUCUGAGAAAGGCAAGGCGUUCUGGGAUACCAGUCUUGCCGCGUUGGCACUUAAACAGGGCGUCUGUCGAACCAUGGUUGAGGUUGCGGACGAAGUCAUCAAGAUGGACCAGCAGACGAGGAAGCCCGUCAAUGGCAUCGGUGAGAGAAGCGAAGCAAUACGAUCGCCGUCUCAAUACUCACUUGCCGAUGCUGCAAGAAUGCUGACCAUCACCGCCAAGGAGGGCGAUCAUACCGCUCAGAGAGAGCUGGCUCUUUUUAAUCUGAGCUAUCCGGAGCAUGUAGAACGGACUAUCAUGCCGCUCUCUAAACCGCGGGAAGUCUUCAAGCAGGCUCUCAUGGAGAAGUUUGGCGCACGUCCCGGCAGUAAUGCUCGGCACCCAGGAGAUCGGAUGAGAGGCCUCGGGUCUGCGGCUUCGACUGCCACCGCAUCGGACGGCAGCAAGGACGUCGACGUGAAGAACGACCCAGCCCUGCACUGCGUCGCCUUCCACUGGAUGGGUGCUGCUGCGCAGGGCAACGACGAGGUUGCCAAGCUGUUCCUGGAUCAAAACGAGAUCUUGGGGCUGGACUAA